GUCACGUGACACCAGAUCCAAAAUGGCCGCGUCAGUGUUUUGACGAAUAAUACUUUUGUGUUUGUUUCAUUCUUCACGUAAAUCGAAAAUAACGCGUAGCGAUCGGCAGAAAUCAUCCGCGCGUGUUUGAAGUUUUAAUAUAAAUAUUUGACUUAGACAAUCACGACUUAUUGAAAUUUAUUUUAUGGUUCAGACUAUGCACUUUUGGUGUUUAUAAGGUGGCUAGCUGACUGGCUAGCAAUAUAAUUAAGCUGAAAAUUUAAAGAAAGGCGAUGGAGCAGCUCAGUCCUGAAGAGAUCCGAAGAAGACGACUGGCCCGGUUAGCUGGAGGGCAGACGUCACAGCCCAGCACCCCCCUCAGCACACCUUUGACCUCCCCACAGAGAGAGACCCCUCCAGGCCCCUUGCCAGGGCCCUCUGGGGCCUUAUCGCAGCCUGUCCCACCAGCUCCAUCCCACACUCUGGGCCUUAAUGCCCAAAAUGUUACCCCUGCCACCUCUCCAGUGGGAGCCUCAGGGGUUGCUUACCGCAGCCAGAGCAGUGAAGGGGUCAGCUCUCUCUCCAGCUCUCCAUCUAACAGCCUGGAGACACAGUCCCAGUCCCUGUCCCGCUCCCAGAGCAUGGACAUUGACACGGCGUCCUGUGAGAAGAGCAUGUCCCAAGUAGAUGUAGACUCAGGAAUUGAGAAUAUGGAGGUGGAAGACAGUGACUGCAGGGAGAAAAGGAACCUGUCUGAAAAGCAGGACUCCUCAUCUAAUGCUGACGUCUCUGAAGAGCAGGCUUUGCAGCUCAUCUGUAAGAUCUUGCGCGUUUCUUGGAAGGAGCAUGACUGUGAUGUAAUCUUCCUCCCUUCACUUGCUGCUGAGUUCCAGAAGAACCCUAAGGAUGUUUACUCUGACUUCAAAGACCUGAUUGGCCAGAUUUUAAUGGAGGCUUUAAUGAUAUCCACCCAUUCGCGUGACUGUAACCCAUUCACCAGUUUGACCGCCACAUCUCAGCCAAUUACUGCUGCCAGAUCCUCUGACCAUCACCUGACUCUUGUCCCACCCUCCAACCAGAGCGACAGUCCCAUGAUGCCCUGCGCAGGUUCAUUCGGUGCCAGCUCUCUGUCCAGUCUGUACGGUUGUAGCCCAAACCCACUAGCUCUCAGCUUUGCCAGAAUGAGUGCUCCAUCUGUCCCACCAUCCUCUCCAGUCCCUUCUGCAGCCUCCCUUCAAGUUCCCCCCAGUCCUCCAGCUUCUUGCCCUCCCACCAGCCUCCCGUCUCUCUCUUCUUCCGCUCCUCUGCCUAUUUCCCAGAGUUACAGGCCCUACUCCCUCAGUUCCUCCAUCCCCAUUAGCUCCAGCCCCAGAUCAUCAUCUGGUAUGCUUACAGCCCCUACGACCUCAGGUAUGCCCUCUAGCCCCUCCCCCAGACAGCGUACUACCCAGUCUUCCAUGCCCUUCUUACCCGGCUCCCCCAGCACUAUUGCGAGACGGACUGCUCUAGCUGCCCAGAUGCCCUCUAGCCCAUUCUCCCUCCUCUUCUUCAGCCUGUCCAACAUGUCUCAGGACAGCAGUGAUGAAGAACUAGAGGAAGAGGAGGAUUUUUCUGGGGUUCAGUUUGGGUCCAGCCUGGGAGCAUCUGGAGGGGGGAUGGCCGGUUACUCCGGUAGUGACCGCUUUACCAUAGAGUCCUGUAAAGAGACUGAGAUGCUCAACUACCUCAUUGAGCGCUUUGACAGUGUGGGCAUGGAGGAGAGGAAGGCCCCAAAGAUGUGCAGUCAACCAGUUGUUAGUCAGCUGCUAAGCAACAUACGUUCCCAGUGUAUUUCCCAUGCUGCACUAGUGCUCCAAGGGGCCCUCACACAGCCCAGAGCCCCUCUGCAGUCUUCCCUGCUGGUUCCCUACAUGCUGUGCCGGAACCUUCCAUGUGGCUUCAUCCAGGAGUUGGUGCGCAUGACACACCAGGAGGAGGAGGUGUUUAAACAGAUCUUCAUACCCAUUCUUCAAGGGCUCGCUUUAGCUGUAAAAGAAUGUUCCUUUGAAAGUGAUAACUUCAAGUUUCCUUUAAUGGCUUUAGCUGAGCUUUGUGAAAUCAAGUUUGGGAAGACUCACCCUGUAUGCAGUUUGAUCACCUCUCUGCCAUUGUGGUGCCCUGACCCUCUGAGUCCCGGGACAGGAAGAGAAAUUCAAAGACUCUCCUUCCUUGGAGCCUUCUUCAGUCUGUCUGUGUUUUCAGAGGAUGACACUAAAGUGGGAGACAAGCACUUCUCUGGCCCUGCCAUUACUAUGGAGAACACUCGUGUGAUCAGUCAGUCAUUGCAGCACUAUCUGGAGUCUGCAAGGGGAGAUCUAUUUAAAAUCUUGCACAACAUCUUGCUAAAUGGAGAGACAAGGGAAGCGGCUCUGAGCUACAUGGCAGCUCUGGUGAAUCGUAAUGUGAAGAAGGCUCAGAUGCAGACUGAUGAUAAGCUGGUGUCCACAGACGGCUUCAUGAUGAACUUCCUGUGGGUGCUGCAGCAGCUGAGUAUGAAGAUCAAGCUGGACACAGUGGAUCCUCUCUACAUCUUCCACCCCAAGUGUCGACUGAGCGUCAGCCCGGAAGAGACCCGGCUCAAAGCCACAAUGGAGGAGCUGAAGAGCUGGUUCACAGAGCUGCAUGAAGGCCCAUCCAAGUUCUCUGAGCCCAAGUUUCCAACAGAGUGCUUCUUCCUGACGCUUCACGCACAUCACCUGUCCAUCCUUCCGUGCUGUCGACGCUACAUACGCAGACUGAGAGCGAUCCGAGAUCUGAACAGAACUGUUGAAGAGCUGAAGAACAGUGAGAACCAGUGGAAAGACUCCCCAUUAGCUAGUCGUCAUCGGGAAAUGCUGAAGAGAUGUAAAACCCAGCUGAAGAAACUGGUGCGCUCUAAAGCCUGCGCAGAUGCAGGACUGCUGGACGAGAACCUACUGCGGAGAUGUCUGCAGUUCUUCAGUAUGGUUAUCCAGCUCAUCUUGCGUAUGGUGGAGCCGGCUUUCCCACAUGUAACCCUGCCCUUGAACCUAGAGAUCCCCAAAAGCUUUGCAGCACUGCCUGAGUUUUACAUUGAAGAUGUGGCCGAGUUCCUACUUUUUAUUGUGCAGUACUCUCCACAGGUUCUCUAUGAGCCAUGCACUGGGGACAUUGUGACUUUCCUGGUGGUCUUCAUUUGCAGUCAGAACUACAUAAAGAACCCAUACCUGAUCGCUAAGCUGGUCGAGGUGCUGUUCGUCACCAACCCCGCAGUACAGCCACGCACUCACCGUUUCUUUGAGAUGAUGGAGAACCACCCACUGGCUAUCAAUCAGCUUGUGCCCGCCCUCAUGAAGUUCUACACAGAUGUUGAGCACACUGGAGCUACAAGUGAGUUCUAUGACAAGUUCACCAUUCGCUACCACAUCAGCACCAUAUUCAAAAGCCUGUGGCAAAAUGUUAGCCACCAAGGCACCUUCCUAGAGGAGUUCAACUCUGGAAAACAGUUUGUGCGCUACAUCAACAUGCUGAUUAACGAUACAACUUUUCUGCUGGACGAGAGUUUGGAGUCUUUGAAACGCAUCCAUGAGAUCCAGGAGGAGAUGAAGAACAAAGAGCAGUGGGAUCAGCUGCCCAGGGACCAGCAACAGAGCCGUCAGUCCCAGCUGACUCAGGAUGAGAGAGUGUCACGCUCCUACCUGGCUUUAGCUGCAGAGACAGUGGACAUGUUCCAUAUUCUCACCAAACAGGUCCAAAAGCCCUUCCUCAGGCCUGAAUUGGGGCCUCGUCUGGCCGCCAUGUUGAACUAUAACCUUCAGCAGCUGUGUGGGCCUAAAUGUCGAGACCUGAAGGUGGAAAACCCAGAAAAAUAUGGUUUUGAGCCAAAGAAGCUCCUGGAUCAGCUCACAGAUAUCUACCUGCAGCUGGACUGUGCCCGAUUUGCUAAAGCCAUUGCAGAUGACCAGCGGUCAUACAGCAGGGAGCUCUUUGAGGAGGUAAUUUCUAAAAUGAGAAAGGCGGGCAUAAAGUCCACCAUUGCUAUUGAGAAAUUCAAACUUCUGUCUGAGAAGGUGGAGGAGAUAGUAGCCCGCAAUUCUCAGUCUGAGAUGGAUUACAGCGAUGCACCAGAUGAGUUCAAAGACCCACUGAUGGACACUCUUAUGACUGACCCUGUGAUACUGCCCUCUGGAAACAUCAUGGACCGAGCCAUUAUCCUGCGACACCUCCUGAACUCUCCCACUGACCCCUUUAACAGACAGCCCUUGACUGAAAACAUGUUGGAACCAGUCCCAGAGCUAAAGGAACGUAUCCAGUCUUGGAAGAGAGAGAAGCAGAGUGGUCGUUUUUCUCAGUGAGCCAAGCUUGCCCUCAGUUUAAACGUUUUCACCAUGCUGGAAGUGAACUGAAUUUGAACAGGAAAAAGAUCACAGUACCUAAAUUGAUUUGCCCCCCUUUAUCCUUUUUAUUGAGCCACUGUCUGAAAGGCUCAUGGUUCUAAAUUGAAACAUAAUAAUGUUUAGACUUUUGAAACAUUUUGAAUUUGUAUAUGUCUACAUACAUACUGAGGCGCAACAGUCUCACACCCCACAAUUAUAACAAUUGGAUGUGUUCAAAAAUUGCAUCUUGUUUUGUUUUCAUUGGCCUUGUGGAUGAAUUUGAAUGUUUCUGAUGGUAAGGGAGAACAUUGAUGAAAGGGAUCCAUUUCAUGUUUGUGUGCUGUUUGGAAAGAUAUUGUUAAUCAGUACCAGUAUUUCCAUUUGGACAGUCAAUACUACCACAAAGAAUUAGCUGCAGACACAGUUUACAGAUUAGGCCCAAACCUACCUUUCACACAUAAUACCUGGAAUAGGAAAGAAUCAUCACAUUAACAAACUCGAGAUUUUUUGUAGAACAUACUAAAUAGGUGUUGGUUUAAAUUUAUGGAUAUAUGCUGGUGGAAAUGUUUUUUUCUUUUUUCUUGGAAAAAAAUCAUUUGUGCACAGCCUUUGACAUAAGUCUGCUCAUGCACCUUGUUGAAUUAUUUUUUUUUUUUUCUUGAUUAAGAGCUGAAAACCAGAAACAAAUGAGAGAAUGUAAAGCUGUGGUUAGCAUUAUUGUCAUAAACAAUGCCAGUACACCAUGUUUUUUUUCUGUGUUCAUCCACAUUUUUUGGGAUUAAAAAGGUCUAUCAGCUCUUGUUAUUAAUAUUCACCCCGAAUGUUGAACUUAUGCGUAAAUUUAGAGUAUUUUCAGUGACAUUUAAAAGGGUUUAACUGUACAGGAAUUUACUUCCUUUGCUACAAACAUUCUUCGGACCUAGGUCUUUGAACUGUAAUAAAUGGCAAUGCACACACAA